GAGAAGCACUUGGGGGUAUAGAAGCUCUUGGGUGGAGGUAAGCGGGUUAUCAAGGAAGUGGAAUCUGAGAAGUCCAGGGAACUGAGUGCAGAUAAAGCAACUUUCCUGCAAUCAAGGUCAAAGCUGCAGCAAAGGCUGCUCCUCCCCUCCUGUGAGGAGGCCCCAAGGCCUGCAGAAGGACAGGUGAACGGAGAAACAAGGGCGCUGGCAGGAGUCCUCUGUGACUCGGCCGGCUCCCCCCAGCUGCCGGGAGCCUGAGAAAAUGAAGGCCUCCGUGAUUCUUUCCCUCAUCGGCUACCUAGUGGCCCCAAGUGGCGCAGCCAUCAUGGGGCGCUGCGUGGUGGCCAAGAAGCUCAAAGCCGGCGGCCUGGAUUAUUUCGAGGGCUACAGCCUUGCAAACUGGGUGUGCCUGGCUUAUUUCGAGAGCAAGUUCAACCCCACGGCGGUCUACGAGAACUCCCAACGUGACUACACCGGCUACGGCCUCUUUCAGAUCCCCAACCGUGACUGGUGCGACAGGGGCAAGAACCGCUGCCACAUGUCCUGCUCCGCUCUACUGAAUCCAGAUUUGAAGAAGACAAUUGAAUGCGUUAAGAAAAUCGUAAAAGAAAAAGACGGGAUGGGAGCGUGGCCCUCCUGGUCCCUGAACUGCCAGCACUCGAACACGCUGAUGCGGUGGCUGGAUGGAUGCAGGCUGUAGCUCGGUCCUGAUGAGUAUCUCACAGCGUGACGGCUCCAUCCGAUGGAAAAGGACAAAAGUCUGCCUCCUCCAGGGCUGCAGGACACAGAAUAAACCAGCUGCGUACUCAGCCUGGACCAAA